GGAGCAUCCACCAUCAAACAACCGGCAAACAAUCACGACAUACGACGAUACCCCGAUCGCUGACGCGAUGCGACUGCCGCACCUACGACCCCACGCGUUUACAACCAGCUCAUGAACCAUUCCUCGACCCUUGUCUGCUUUGGACGUCGCGCCACGUUCAUGACAUAGAACUCGCAAGGUCCCCGCGAGCGCCAUCAGCUGGUGCACAACCGCCGCCACGAUGCCUGACAACGAGCCACCGCCCGAGACGCUUCGCACUACCGAGCCAACACCCAUUGCUCUCCUCAGCCCCGACAUCGCCAACCAGAAGACCCGAGUCGUCGAUGGCGCCAUCACCAUCACCUGGCCUUUCAGCAUUGUCACCAAGUCAAUCGCAUUCAUCGUCGCCGAGCGUGACUUUCGACUCCGACGUGACAAAGGCCAGGUUCGCAUCCGGUUCCAUGGUCCUGCCGCAAAGGCCAUCGCAGAUGCUUCAGUGGGAGGAGGAGAUGAGAUCCGCCUGAGCUUGGACGGGGCGCAGUGGGAAAAGAACGAAACCAAUACCCAGCUUGCGGGAAGCACGUUGGAGUGGCAACUCGAGUUCACUAAUCGCCUAAGCCUGGUCAUCAAAAGAACCGACUCGCAAGAGGAAAAGACGAUAGAGAUAGAUUCCGAUCCGACAAACGGCCAAAUAGACGAGGCGCCACCCCCCGACGAACCGUCAUCCACAUCCGAUCUCACAAUACCAUUCUCAGGAUCGCCAGAUGUUUCACUCUCCACGAAGCGCCCGGCAUCCCCUUCAUCCGAACCCCAAGAGUUUGCGUCGCCGGCCUUUAUCAAGCGCGCUCGGGUUUCCUACGGAUCACUCUUCGAAGGGGGUCUCGACAUCUUUGAUGAGGAUGUUGGUCAAAAAAACAAAGCCAAGAAGAAGUCACGGUUUAGCUUGCCUGCCAAUGCCUGGAGAUACAGCAGCCGGUCACCUAGCCCUGACAUUGAAGAGGAGCUGGAGGAAUCGACCGAAACGAACGGAGCUGGCGAGAGACCGGACGCAGGCAAUGCAGACAAUGCAGACAAAGAAGCGGCGGAUGUCCCCAUGGAUACGCCAUCACGGCCGUCUAUGGUUGAUGAGGGAUGCCAAACGAUGGAUGUUGACUUCACUCCGAUGCAUAGUGUCCAGGUCUCGGCCGAAUCUCGCCCACUGUUUGGGUUUCCCUAUGCCACACCGACGCCACUUCCUAGGACGAAACCGAUCGAUGCCGGGGAUUCAGUGCUGGACAGUUCCUUACGUUUUCCACGCUCACCCGAUGAGCAGCAGCCCUCAAAUGAGCUGGCCACUGAUUUCCUCGGCCAUUCGCCCGCCCCCAUCGACGCUGGCUUCGGAUUUGGAUUCACGCCCUCACAACCCAUGCUAUACACAUCCGCACCAGAUCUCUUCCCGAUCACUCGCAGUGAGGGAAUCUUGCACGACUCUGUCAACGAUCUUCCGGUACCGGAGGACUAUCCUACGUCAUUCCUUGACAGCACUGGUCUUCCUCCAACAAUUGAACCUCUCACCAAACUACCCUCACAGGAUUCCCACUCCAAACCAGAAGCGAUAGAACAAACGGUCCCCCCCUUCGAGCCCGGGCCGCCAUUUUAUUCUCCUUUUCAAACCAUCUCACAGCCUCCACAAAGCUCAUGGCCGGCAGGAGUCUCAUCCGCGCCAUUCUCUAUGGCACCAGCUGCUAAUGCUGUCGAUCAACCAGUCGAGAUCAUCAGCUCUUCCCCCACAAGAGAACCUGCCAACAGCGAAGAGCAGCGUUCUUCCCCAUCCGAGAUGACUGGACUUGUUACGCCCUACAGUCGCCCAGAAGAAGUCAUAAGCAACAACGCGCCGAACGUAUUCCCUGAAGAGGAGGAGGAGGUUGAUGAAAAUGCGGAGGGUUCGAAUGAGGAGGAGCAAUAUGAGGAUGGUGGUGACCGACCCGGAGAUGACUACGACCUGAGAAACUACGACCGCGCUCACGCUGAUGACGACGAUGUGGAUGAAUCUGAGGAGGAACAGGAGCCUGUCAGCAACGACGCUGAAGCACAAAUCGCCAACCCCGAUAACGGCGAAGAAAUUGAGGAAGAGGAUGACGACGGGGAAGAAGAGGAAAGCGACGAGGCUGUUGACUACGAUGAAGAGGUUGAGGAAUACGACGAUGAAGAAAUCGAGGGGCAAGAACACGGAGAAUUCGAGCGCGAUGCCGAGGGUGAAUACUACUCGGACGAAGAGGAAUACGACGAAGAAGAAUACGACGAAGAAGAUGACGAUGAGGUAGAAGAGGACGCAGAGGAAGAGACCCAUCCCUCUGGUCCACCAGCUCCCAAGGAACCGGUGUUUAUCAGCCUACUUUCUGAUUCAGAAGAUGAAGACGAACAGAAACCAGAAUCCGAGCCUGGGAAGGAACCAGAGCUGAAGGAACCGUCAGCGGAACCAGAGGAGCCAAUCCAACCAGAGGAGCCAACACAAUCUGAAGUAGCUGGCGAGGCCAUGGGAACAGCUCAAAACGAUGAUUUGGAGGUGAUGGCUGAAGGCCUAGGAGCCCCUCCACCCGCUGAUCAGAUGGACAUUGAUGGUAAGUCCUCGGAGCUUUCGAUGCUGCCGAAUAUAGCCGAGGGUACUGCUUCUACCGAAGCUUCCCAUUCUGAAUUGGUGGAAGAGCCGAGUACCGCAAUUCAGCGCCCCUUGGAUGAAUCUCUACUCUUUGGUCCGGAGCAAGGGGAAGACAGCGAGCAAGAUCGGGACCCUGAGACGAAUGCGGUGGGUGCAGGGUCUCCUGACCAGGAGGACUUCGUGGUGGUCGAAGAAUCGAAUGAGACCGCCAAAGAAGACGAUGAUAUUGAGCACUUGGAAGUCCCUCGACCUGUGAUUGAGCAACCUACGGGCUCAACUGACGCCAUGGAUGUGGAUGAAACGAACGAGGCACAUGUAGAGAGAGGAGAGGAUUCGACCGCUGCAGCCGCGCCAGAGAUUGCUGACACGACAGAUGAUGUCGAGGAAGCUCAUGGCACGAUUAUAAGGGCGGCGAUGACGAUCAUCACAGACGACCAGGAGGGCCUGGACAAGGCAGUCGGGUCUACAGGGCCGCCAGCUACCCCAGAAAAUGGCGUACAGCCAUUACCUGGGUCGAACCCUCCCGCUCAGGAGAUCGACCAGAACCAGCAAAUAACGGAUCCGAACCUGGCCACACAGGGGCAAGGGGACGUCGAGCCCCUGGACGCCACGAUGCAGGAUGCCUCGCAGGUUGAGGUGACAGCCGGAUCUGAGCCGCUGCAGGCAAUGGAUGUGCACGAAACGGGAAACACGGAUGUUGGAGAAACAAACGAGCCUCAGCCGUUUGUGACGGACGGUCAGAUGUCGCCACCAGCCACACAGGGUUCCCAAACACACCAACUGCGACAAAACGGGGAACCCGCACUUUCACAGGCAACACCUACGGUAUCAAAUCAGGAGCCUCAGGAGCAUCUGCCCACUCCCGGAGAAACGCAAGUCGAGGAGGUCGAGAUGACGGAGAAUUACCACCCUGCUGAGGAGCGCGAUGGCCAGACCGACGAGGAUGAUCUAAGCCCGGAGGAUCAGAUCAUGGCAGAAAUUCUGCAACACUCCCCGGAAAAGCACGACAGCGCGCAGCAGCACGUGAACCCUGCACCACUAUCUUCACCGCAGCCCAGGCCCGAGCUGACCGAGGCACCCCGCGGCUUAGAGUCGACAGAUGCUGCGCCGACACCCGAUAUUCUCAUCACCGUCAAGUCUUUACGCAGCCGAGGCCAUAGGUCGACCAAGUCAAAAUCAUCCGAUAUAUCCCAUCCAGAUCCCAGCAUCCUAUUGGCUAAGACAGCGACCACAAUUGCCCAGCCAGACGAUGAUGUCAAGGCCAGCAGCCCACCGACAACCCUGCGCAUAACGCGUAGCAAGGCCGACCAGGCCGACCCCAGUCUCCAGCUGGCGAGAGCCUCGACACACGUUGGAGCAACAAAGGGAAAAGGGAGGGGUCGCGAUGAGGUAGUCGAGGCAGAAAACAGCCCACCAGCGAAGCUUCGUGUGUCGCGUAGCAGGGCGGACCAUGGUGAUCCGAGUAUCCAACUGGCAAAAGGACCGCCCUCUUCUGCGACGCGGCAGUCGCGGCGACAGGUCACGCCGGAGCCGACUCGCGAGACUCGUUCCAGCUCUCGCAGUGUAGUGCAUAGAGCUAACACGCCGGACACGGCCGUCUCGGCACUGGAGUCACCGUCGGUGUCCGGUUCCUUCGCCGCGCACGAGGACGAAAGUGUCGGCACCGUCAAGCUCCAGCUGCUCAGGAGCCUCCGCACCGGCCUUCCGGACUUCUUGUCGCUUAAGACGCUCCGCAACUCACUCCACCAGGCCACGGACAUUCUGGCAGUGGCGACGACAACCCCGGCUCAGCCGCACCGGCCGAAACACGGGCCCAGGGAUUACAUGUUGACGAUGAAUCUAAUCGACCCCUCAGUGGCGCCCACAGGCGUGUCGGUGGCCCACAUAUUCCGGCCGCACCUCUCAUCACUCCCCGUUGUACACGCCGGCGACGUGGUACUCCUCCGGCGGGUGCAGGUAGUAUCGAUGAAGAGCCGGGGGUUCGGAGUUCGAGCCGGCGAAGCCUCGGCGUGGGCAGUCUUUGAGAAGGCAGAUGAGGAAAUGCUACCGCAGAUCAAGGGACCUCCUGUUGAGGUAACUGAGCAGGAGAUCAAGUACGUCGAGGGGCUGCGCCGCUGGUGGAACAUGCAGGACGACAAAGCCUUGGAGAAGGUUGAGAGGGCGAGUCGCAAGGUUUCGGAGGCGGGCAAGGAAGAUUUGAAGUGAGAGGCCUAGACCAAGCUAAGGAUGAUAAUUCGCACAGGCAUACUCGACAGUUGGUACUGGUGUUUGAUCACAUGUAUGAGUCACGAUCAGGGGGAACAAGAUAGAUAGGGAAAAAUGGGAUGUAGAGAGGACGUGGGCGAGGUCUGCCCUGCAGUAUAUGACUUUAAUUGAAGCCGGAUUGGGAAAUACCGAA